CCCGGCCGGCCCCUCGGGGCGGCCCUGGGCCGGGGGGGCCCGACCGGGAGGGGUGGGGGAGGAAGGCGCGGAGGUGCGGAUGGAGAGGGAGCGACUUCAGGGUGUCCCCUGCGAAAUGAUGUCACCCGAUCAAUAUUUUCGGGGGGAGUGACCGAUCCGACCAAUUCCCGCUAUGAAAUGGGCUCUAUAUUGGAGCUGGAUGCAGCCGAAUCGAUCGGGCUGAUAACGGAGAGCUAUAAAAGGCCGGGGGGGUGGCUUCUCCCGCGCUACAUCCCCCAGGCGCAGGCAGCGCAGCCAGCGCCCGGCCGCCUCUCCUCCGCUCCGCGCCGCUCCGCUCCCCUCCCGCGGCAUGGGGCCGGGCCCCGCCGCCCUGGCGCUGCUGGGUCUCGCCGCCGCCGCGGCCCUGCCGCUGCCCGACGCCGGUCCGCACGUUAACUACGGCUGGGGGGAGCCGAUCCGGCUGCGGCACCUCUACACCGCCAGCAAGCACGGGCUCUUCAGCUGCUUCCUCCGGAUCGGCGGCGACGGGCGAGUGGACGCGGCCGGGAGCCAGAGCCCGCAGAGUCUGCUGGAGAUCCGCGCCGUGGCGGUGCGCACCGUGGCCAUCAAGGGGGUGCGGAGCUCCCGUUACCUCUGCAUGGACGAGGCGGGGCGGCUGCACGGGCAGCUCAGGUAUUCCACUGAGGAUUGUUCCUUUGAAGAGGAGAUUCGUCCAGAUGGCUACAAUGUAUAUAAAUCAAAAAAAUACGGAAUAUCGGUGUCUUUGAGUAGUGCCAAGCAAAGACAACAGUCCAAGGGGAAAGAUUUUCUUCCACUAUCUCACUUCUUACCUAUGAUCAACACUGUGCCCAUGGAGUCAACAGACUUUGUUGAAUACGGUGAUUACAGCCAGGCCUUUGAACCAGAGAUGUACUCCUCACCGCUCGAAACAGACAGCAUGGACCCCUUUGGCAUCACCUCCAAACUGUCGCCAGUGAAGAGCCCCAGCUUUCAGAAAUGACUCAGAUCAUACACACAUGUUUUUAAAGAAAUAUUGCAGAAUACUGCAGGUUUUUUAGCUUUUCAUGUAGUGAUAUUUCAAACUUUUUUGUAUAUUUCAGCAUGGAGCCAGCCUUUUCCUUGCAAUGUAUUGUACCUGUAAGAGAUGAGUGCCCAGAGGCUAUCCUGUAGUCUAAAGAAUUGGCUAUCCAUAGUUUUAUUUGGAAAAGAAGGGUUAAAUAAGAAAAGUUUAGCAGCUUCAUCAGAGUUCCUCCAUUACCAUGGUGAUGAUAAAAUAAUUAUAAUUUUUCUACAUGUACUUCAUUACUACAUAUAUUCACCUGUUAUUUCUGCUCCCAGGAACAAAUACAGAAAACUUUUUCCUCUUCAGAGGCCUUAAAGACAAAUAUUUGGAAGAAAACACAAUUAAGGAAAACCUAGCAAAUGUGGUUUCGCAAACUAGAGUUAACGCUGUUUCUUGAAAAGCUGCUGACAACCUUCUGGGAAAACUUUCUAUUGAAAGUAUACCACUGAAAAAAACAAUUCUGCUUGUAUAUUGUGCUUUUUCUUCCCUUAGGAAAUGAGGGAAAAUAGGGAAAAAUUUCUUCUUUCCCUUAUUGCUAAAGGGUACUUUGGAAAACUGGAUCUUUGAUUUCUUUUAUGGGCUAAUUUAUGUUCACUGUGACAUCAGCAUCAUCCAGCAGAGAGUUCUCAUUAACAUGAGUGAGAAUUCAGCGUGUGGUUGGAAGAGUGCACAGAACUAACAUUUAUGAUCAUCACGUAGGGAAUAAGCAGUUCAAAUUAGUGUUUAAAUUAAGGUUCUGUUGUAAAUAAGCAUGUAAGUUGUUAGCAAAUGGAGAGAAAGACCAAAAAUGGUUGAUGUAUAGGUCAAAUCAAUUGCAAAAUAGAUUUUCAUGUUUAACCUUUAACCGUCAGCAAUUCUCUCAGGUCCCUUCCAGGCUUGAUUCUGCAUCUGUGAAAAUCAGUGGAGAGACAGUUUAGUGACUUAAAUGUGGCGAAACUGGGUCAGCCACACCAUUCUUGCAGGAAGGGAUUAUGAGUACGUCAUGGCCAAAGUGCAGAUGUCUGAUGUCUUCAGUUCUAUUCUCCUAUUGCAACGAUUUGAUGAAGGAAUAACCAAGGUGAAACCAAAGAAAAAAAAAAAAAAAAGCAAUGUGAGAAAAGGGUUCAGGGAUUCUACUCAUUUUCAAAGGUUCAUUU